AUGUCAACAUCCCACCGGCAGGAAACCCUCAACCGGCACAUGAACAAUUGGAAUUGGAAGAAGAUGAUCACCAUGGUGGCUUCGCUGAGAAGAAAAAUCAAAGCCAAUCGGCCACUGCUGGCCGAUAUGAAGGCCGACCUCACCGCGAAGGAGGCCAGUGUCGAUGCCGAGAUUUUGGGAGAGUGGAGAAGGGAACUCAGGAUAGUACAACGACGAAGGCUUCGGGAUGUGAAGGUAAUGGACAGGUAUCAAGCGAAGAAACAAAUUAUGCCUUCGUGGCUCGAACUUCAGAUUAAGCUGGCAGAAGAAGAGGGUGACGGCGGGGACCGCGUUGGCACAGCGGACUGGAUUGCCGAUGGCCUUAAGCUUGAAGAGCAACAACUCGCAAUCCAGAAAGACAUAAAGCAAAUGGGGGCCAUUGUGACGGGGGCUCAAGAGUUAAAGCUGGCCAAACGGAGGAAGCCUCUCGAGAGUCAGAUCCGGCGGUUCCACCGGCGAGCGGCUGCAAUUCACCGAAGGCAUGACUGGGGCGUGGCAGAGGAGGAAGCAGUGGAUGACGACUCGGCUGCGGAGUGGGAAGAAGAUCCCAACGAUCCCCCAGCACAUGCCGACAAUCCAUGGUCCAUCUUUCCCAGUAAACCGCCCGCACCAUACCCAGUGAAGGCGGCGGAACAUACGAAACUCGGGCUACCUUCGAAUUUCACGCGGAAUGCUCUAACCCCAAUGGAUUGCAACGUUGGCCGCGCAGAGCUCACUCUGCGGCGCGGACAAGCAAAUGAUGCCUUGCAGCAGCUUCGGAUUCUCAUCGGCAAGAAUCGUUUGAGUUCCAGACAACCAUUCGGCACGGGAGGAAAGAUGGCAACAAGAAGCGCACCCGAUCCUUCACCAAGUUGGGUAAACUCGACCGAGCUGUACAGCUUCAAGCGGCAAUCUAUCGCCGGGCCCGAGCGGCGAUGCAAGUGCUCGGCCUGUCUGCAGAGGAUCAAGCUAAAUAUCAGCAGCUCACCCCAGACGAUCUAA